UGUCUGGCUUCUCCUGCCGCCGCGGUUUGCCGCACCACAUCUCUUUUGUUCUCCCCCUCACCACGACCCCCGGCUUCCCAAGAAAUUAAGCCCACCGCGGCUGGUAGGGUCUCAUCCGUUGCACACCUGACCUUGACCUUGACAUCCCGACAGUCAGAACUAGCUGCAGUCGUCGUCGUGCUGGAACAUCAUCUGCGUUGUGGUCCACUCGAUUUCAUGGAUAUUAUGAAGUGCUUCCCCGUCUCUGCUGCUGGUUGA